UCAUGCCAGGCCGACCUCGUGAAGGACAACGGUCACAAGUACUUCCUUUCCGUCUUGGCAGACCCAUACAUGCCAGCUGAACAUAGGACCAUGACGGCCUUCAUUCUUGCUGUAAUCGUCAACAGCUACACAACAGGGCAAGAAGCCUGCCUGCAGGGGAACCUGAUCGCCAUCUGCCUGGAGCAACUCAGUGACCCACACCCCUUACUGCGCCAGUGGGUGGCCAUUUGCCUGGGAAGGAUCUGGCAGAAUUUCGACUCUGCGAGGUGGUGUGGGGUGAGAGACAGCGCUCACGAGAAGCUCUACAGCCUCCUCUCCGACCCCAUCCCUGAGGUUCGAUGUGCGGCUGUGUUUGCCCUUGGCACCUUUGUGGGAAACUCUGCUGAGAGGACCGACCACUCUACCACCAUCGACCACAACGUGGCCAUGAUGCUGGCCCAGCUGAUCAAUGACGGGAGCCCCAUGGUCCGGAAGGAGCUGGUGGUGGCUCUGAGUCACCUUGUAGUUCAAUAUGAGAGCAAUUUCUGCACUGUGGCCCUGCAGUUCAUGGAAGAGGAAAAGAACUACCCCUUGCCUUCUCCCGCAGCCACAGAGGGGGGGAGCUUGACCCCAGUUCGAGACAGCCCGUGCACCCCCAGACUCCGUUCAGUGAGCUCAUAUGGGAAUAUCCGAGCCGUCACCACAGCUAGGAACCUGAACAAGUCCUUGCAGAAUCUGAGCUUGACAGAAGAGUCGGGCAGCUCAGUGGCCUUCUCCCCUGGGAACCUCAGCACCAGCAGUAGCGCCAGCAGCACCUUGGGAAGCCCUGAGAACGAUGAGUACAUCCUGUCCUUUGAGACCAUCGACAAGAUGCGGCGUGUGAGCUCCUACUCGGCGCUCAACUCCCUCAUAGGAGUUUCUUUUAAUAGUGUUUACACUCAAAUCUGGAGAGUCUUACUACAUCUAGCUGCUGAUCCCUAUCCAGAUGUUUCUGAUUUGGCCAUGAAAGUCCUCAACAGCAUUGCUUACAAGGCCACCAUGAAUGCCCGGCCCCAACGAAUCCUCGACACAUCCUCUCUCACCCAGUCGGCCCCAGCCAGCCCAACUAACAAGGGCAUGCAUAUCCACCAAGUGGGGGGCUCCCCACCAGCAUCUAGCACCAGCAGCUGCAGCCUGACCAAUGAUGUGCCCAAGCAGACUGUCAGCCGUGACCUCCCCUCCAGCCGCCCUGGUACUGCAGGCCCCACAGGGGCACAGUACACCCCUCACUCCCACCAGUUUCCUCGAACACGGAAGAUGUUCGACAAAGGCCCUGAUCAGACCACAGAUGAUGCAGACGAUGCAGCCGGACACAAAAGCUUCAUGUGUGCCACCAUACAGACUGGGUUCUGCGACUGGAGCGCCCGGUACUUCGCCCAGCCAGUCAUGAAGAUCCCUGAAGAGCAUGACCUGGAGAGUCAGAUCCGCAAGGAGCGUGAGUGGCGGUUCCUGAGGAACACUAGAGUCAGAAAGCAGGCCCAGCAGGUCAUCCAGAAGGGCAUCAGCAGACUGGAUGAUCAGAUCUUUCUGAACAGGAACCCUGGCGUCCCCGCUGUGGUCAAAUUCCACCCCUUCACACCAUGCAUAGCUGUCGCCGACAAGGACAGCAUCUGCUUUUGGGACUGGGAGAAAGGAGAGAAGCUGGACUACUUCCACAAUGGCAACCCUCGGUACACCAGGGUCACCGCCAUGGAGUACCUGAAUGGCCAGGACUGCUCCUUGCUGCUGACAGCCACAGACGAUGGUGCCAUCAGGGUCUGGAAAAAUUUUGCUGAUUUGGAAAAGAAUCCAGAGAUGGUUACUGCAUGGCAGGGGCUCUCAGACAUGCUGCCAACAACACGAGGAGCUGGCAUGGUGGUAGACUGGGAGCAAGAGACUGGUCUGCUCAUGAGCUCAGGAGACGUACGCAUCGUCCGAAUCUGGGACACUGAUCGUGAGACGAAAGUGCAGGACAUUCCCACGGGUGCCGACAGCUGUGUGACAAGUCUGUCCUGUGACUCCCACCGCUCGCUCAUUGUGGCUGGCCUGGGCGAUGGCUCCAUCCGGGUCUACGACAGGAGGAUGGCACUCAGUGAAUGCCGAGUCAUGACUUACCGGGAGCACACAGCCUGGGUGGUCAAGGCCUACCUGCAGAAGCACCCUGAGGGCCACAUCGUGAGUGUGAGCGUCAAUGGAGAUGUGCGCUUCUUUGACCCUCGGAUGCCCGAGUCCGUGAAUGUGAUGCAGAUCGUGAAGGGACUGACAGCCCUCGACAUCCAUCCCCAAGCAAACCUGAUCGCCUGUGGCUCCAUGAACCAGUUCACAGCCAUCUACAACGGAAACGGGGAGCUAAUCAACAACAUCAAGUACUACGAUGGGUUCAUGGGUCAGCGAGUCGGGGCCAUCAGCUGCUUGGCUUUCCACCCACACUGGCCUCACCUGGCAGUAGGAAGCAACGACUACUACAUCUCUGUGUAUUCGGUGGAGAAGCGCGUCAGAUAGCGGCACCCGGGACUCCCGCCAGGCUGCAGCCACCCUCUGCUGUACAUAGUGAACCAAACCGCACUGCUUGGGUUGCAGUGCCCACCCACCUACCCGCCCUGCAAACCCUGGCCGACUGAGGAGGGGGCUCGCACUUCUUCCUGUCUGUCCUCACUGUAAUGUACAAGUCCAGAGCAGGGGAGGGUUUGACGCUGCUUCCUGUCAAGAACCAGCACCCAGGCCCCAAGGACCUCAGGAUGUGUCUCAGUGCAUCGUGGUCCUUCUGUCCUGCUUCCUUCUGAGGUUUUACAAAGGAUACAUUGGUUUUUCCAUGCGGUCAAAGCAUUAGUCGCAGGACAGGUGGAGCCCUGUAGAAAAGCUGCAUUGGGGCUCCUGAGAGCCAUGCCCAGCCCCACUGUCCUCUCAGCAGUGUGGACAGGAACCCCUCAGAGUAGGCUGGGCAAUGCUGGGAAAUGGAAGAAAGUGACUGAGGGAGGAGAGGGGAGGCCUCUCCUGCUACCCAGUGUGGAAGUCUGAACCUAGCCCUCCUAGGGCACUGAGGCAGCCCAACACACCCACCUCAUCACGGGGUACAUUAUGCUGGUGUGAGAAAGGGGCCCCCUUCCUGCACAGCUAGUCUCCGAGGUCACAGGCAAGGGCUGUUGUGACUCUGCACAGACGAGGCAGAUGUGUAGAAUUAGCUGUUGCCUGCACCUGACGUGCUUCUCUCCCGUAGGGCAGUAGCCGUGGCCACAGCCACACAGGGCACACACGCAUGCAGCCACACAACCUCCCCAUCCAUGCCCAAGCACAUGUGGGUGCCCUGGUCUUCCUAUCUGUGCGCACUUAGGGUGCACACACGUGCAGGCUCACAGUCUCCCCUCCUGCACAGGUGUGGGCACUGUGGCCCCCUGCAGGUGUCGUCAUGCUGACCUCACGCUCGUCACACACGGUUCAGAGGCUGCACUGGACCCCAGAGGCGUGUGAGCAGCAGCAGCCCUGUUGAUGGUGUAAUCUGUGAUGUGGAAGAGCUUCUCAGCAGUGUCUUUGUGCACACACAAGUGAGGGCCGUGGACAUUGCAGCCCUGCGUGGAGCACAGCACUGCUGAGGAGCUGCACACAAAUGGGCACUGCACAGUAAUGAUGUUUUAAAAAGCAUUUUCCGUUUUCCCUGGGAAUCAGGAUCUUUCAGAGGAGGACAAAGUGGCGUAAUCAGUUCUGCCAAUAGGAGUCCAAUGUCCAGGCUGGAACAGUCAGGGCAGAGGCUGGGUCCCUGCGCUGUGCUCUGUUUUAGUCGAGAGCAUCGUCCAUGUGAAAGGAUCUCUGCAGGCAGUGCUGGGCUGAACACAGGGCCAGGUGGGGCCGGACAACAGGACAGAAGGGGCUCCGGAGGAAGACAGCAGCCUGGAGUUGGGAAGGCCUUAGAACCACCCGACACAACCAGUAGCCCACCUGCCCAGUUCUGCAGAGCGCUCCAGUGGGGGACACGCCGGGACCUUCCAGCAGCUGAACUCCAAAUGUGGUCCAGCUCAGUCCCUGUCUAACUGGGGGUUCUGUCUUGACAGCACGGGGCCUCCCUUCCCUGGUGGAGCUGCAGAGCUUGCAUCUUGCCCAGGGGCUGGGCCUUCACUGGUCUGAUGGGAAAACUCAAUCAUGAAGCUAACCAAGGCUGGAGAGAGCACUGGCCUAGAGUUCAUUGUCUCUGCUCAUUUCUCCAAAAGGAGAGCUGAGAGGACUGACCAGACAUGGAGCUGCAGGGAGGCUCAAAGCAGUGACAAGCAGCAAAGUGUUAAUAAAGAAUAAAGCCGUGAGAAGAGA